AUGGCCGACUCCGGUGUUCAGGAAGCCGAGGCCGGCGUCGCCAAUUUGAUCUUGGACGAGGUCACUGGCGAGAAGGUGUCCAAGUCUGAGCUCAAGAGACGCCAGAAGAAUAGAGAGAAGGAGGCGAAAAAGAAGGAGAAGGAAGCUGCUGCUCCAGCCAAGCCCAAGCAGGAGAAGCAGAAGUCUGCAGAAGAUGAAGAGUUGAAUUUGACUCCUAAUCAAUACUUUGAAAUCCGCAGCUCCAAGAUCAACAAGCUCCGCGAAACCAAGAACCCCGACCCCUACCCACACAAAUUCCAAGUCACUAUCGAUGCGCGCAACUUCUUGACCGAAUAUGCAUCGCUAGGCAAGGGCGAGUUGAAGCAAGAUACCGUCGUGCAGGUCGCGGGCCGUAUCGAAAACAAGCGCUCAGCAGGUACCAAGUUGUUCUUCUACGAUCUCCGCGCCGAAGGCAUCAAACUCCAGAUCCUGUGCCAGGCCCAAUAUGCCACUGGCGACGUUCCAUUCGCCGACCAACACGAGCAAUUGCGACGAGGAGAUAUCAUCGGUAUCACUGGUUUCCCGGGUCGCAGUAACCCCAAGACCCGUGAUGAGGGUGAACUGUCCAUCUUCGCCACACAGGUCAAGCUUCUCGCUCCUUGUCUCCAUGCUCUGCCUCGUGGUCUCCAGGACUCAGAGACUCGUUUCCGUCAGCGAUACCUUGAUUUGAUCAUGAACGAGUCAUCACGCAAGGUCUUCACUACUCGUGCCAAGAUUGUCAGAUAUGUUCGCAACUUCUUUGAUUCUCGUGACUUCACAGAGGUUGAGACUCCCAUGAUGAACGCCAUUGCCGGUGGCGCAACAGCCAAGCCGUUCAUUACUCACCACAAUGAGUACAACACAAAUCUUUUCAUGCGUGUUGCUCCUGAAUUGUACUUGAAAAUGUUGAUCGUCGGUGGUUUGGAGCGUGUCUACGAACUUGGCCGUCAAUUCCGUAACGAAGGUGCCGAUCUUACUCACAACCCCGAGUUCACCACCUGUGAGUUUUAUUGGGCAUAUGCCGAUGUGUACGAUGUCAUGAAUCUUACCGAGGAGCUUGUUUCGGGAUUGGUCAAGCAUGUCACCGGUGGCUACGAGACAACUUUCCACACUCAAUCCGGUGAAGUCUACAAUGUCAACUGGCAGGCUCCCUGGAGGCGUGUAGAGAUGAUCCCCGCUCUUGAAGAAGCGACAGGCGAGAAGUUCCCUCCUGGCGACCAACUCCACACCGAAGAGACCAACGAAUUCUUGAAGAAGGUCCUCAAAAAGACUGGCGUCGAAUGCUCACCCCCCUUGACCAACGCCCGUAUGCUCGACAAGCUCGUCGGCGAGUUCAUCGAAGAAACUUGCGUCAACCCCACUUUCAUCAUGGGCCACCCUCAAAUGAUGUCCCCUCUCGCCAAAUAUCAUCGCCAAAACGUCGGUCUCUGCGAACGUUUCGAAGCCUUCGUCUGCAAGAAGGAGAUUGUCAACGCGUACACCGAAUUGAACGACCCCUUCGACCAACGCCUGCGUUUCGAAGAACAAGCCCGCCAGAAGUCCCAAGGUGAUGAUGAAGCUCAGCUCAUCGAUGAGAACUUCUGUACCAGUCUUGAAUACGGUUUGCCCCCCACUGGUGGUUGGGGAAUGGGUAUUGAUCGCCUGGUUAUGUUCUUGACAAACAACCAUACUAUCAGGGAGGUUCUCACCUUCCCGUUCAUGAAGGAUGAUACCACGGUGGAGAAGAAGCCUACUGCUGCUGAGGUUGUAGGUAUCACUCCUCAACCAGAAGAAGGUAUUCCCCACAAAUAA